AUGACCUUCUUGCAACCGUUUCCGACCUGUCUGCUAGCAAGGACGGUGGUACCGACCUGGGUGCGGGGAGUGGCAACGGUAGGGAUAAAGUUACCCGCACUCCGUAUUAUUGUCGCGAAGGACAAAGAGAGAAGCGAACAAGGGCAGAGGGUCAAUUCGAACAAUCGCCACGCCUUACCUCCUCGAUCGCAAAGGGCAGAGGCCGAAAUAUACAAGAAUGAGCCCAAGCGGGGAGCAAUGGUGUAUUUCUACCAGGGAGAAGUCGCCAGCCGGCCAAAAAGAUCCAAUAAUUCGUUCCCAGGAGUGAAAAAGAAAUAA